CAUGACCAGCUGAAAGUGCAGGUAAAGAGGAGGUUGGAGCAUGGGAAAGAAGGCGAACCCGCCUCCGGCCUACGUGAGACUGACCCAUGACGACACCCGGGAAGACCGAGUGCGCAAAGGGAAGGUCCCUGUGCUCGUUGGGGAGGGUGAGGUGAUGGAGAGACUACUCAUACCGACAAAGCUGUUCAAGCAUCCAUACAUUGUUGCACUCCUGGAGAUGUCUGCUAAUGAGUUUGGGUACCAGCAACAAGGAACCCUAAAAAUUCCAUGUGCUGUGGAAUGCCUUAGACGGAGUAUUGAGAUGAUAUCAAAGGAGAAGUGAUCAUAUGCAUACGAAGAUUGAACUCAUGGCAUGUGUAUACUAGUCUUUACAGUAAUUACAGAGUCUGCUCCUAAGUGAUGAAGGUACUUUUUUCAAAUUUGUAACUGUCAAUCUUUCAUCCUGCAAAUAAAAGAAAUCUUCACUCC